UUUGGCACAAAUUUGGUGGAUGUUCGCGAAUGAACUCACCUAAUCGGAAUUUGGAUUAUGCGUUCGACGACGAGGUAGGGAGGAUGUCGGCUCGGACGUCGACAGAGAGAAACAUGAUAGUGGACGAUUUGUUUGAAGAUACAUCGAUGCAUCAUGAGGCGCACCAUACAAUGUCACAGAUACCGAUGGAAAUGCGAGGAGGCAUACGUGGGGGCCCACCAGAGUUGGUAGAUGUGGGCGGCAAGAGGGUGCAUGCGAAGAUGUCUACUGGGAUGCCGGCAAGUGCGAUAAACGUGCAACAAAGCCAACAGCAUGCAUAUGUACAGGGCGCAGCUAUGACCAAAUUGAUGACACAGGGGAGGCUACAAGCAAAUGUACCACAGCAAACCCAUUCAAUGGUGGAGUUAUCGAGGGCAGGAGGCGCUAUAGGCGGUGGCACGACAAGACCGGGUCCGAAAUCGACAAAUGGUGGUGUACAGCAUUAUGCGAAACAACCUGUACUACCCAUGCCGAGUGAAGAAGAGAUAGCCAUGCAACAACAUGCUGAGAAUAUGAAAUCGAGGCCUAAACGUGCUCAAACUAUGGCUCAACCAUCUUAUUCAACAAAGAUGGUUCAAAUACACCGACCUGGCACAGUUCCUGGCCCUUCUACAUCAGAUAGUUCUAGCGUCGGUGGGUCAUCUGGGAUUCAACAAGUCAUGACCAAAUCUGUUGGACUUGGUGGUAUUGAAUCGGAUUCUUCUACUUCACAGUCAUCCAUUAUUCGACCUCAAUAUGUCACUUCUAUCCAACAGACUACUUCUGAUAAAGCUUAUUCUAUUAAUCCUUCUGUCAAACAACAGCAUCCCUCUCAUCUUCCCCCUCCCCAAACUAUAGGCGGAUUGUCUGCGCUUCAAAGCUCUAUGUCUUAUUCUCCUUCUAUCAAGUCAACUCAAUCUAAGGGCGCUCCAAUCACCCCUCUCGGAUCUGUGAAUCCUAUCCAUGUAAAUACACUCAACACAUCUUCUGCUCACUCUAAUCCUUCAUCUUCCUCCUCUUCUAAUACGGCAGGGGUCUACUCUUCUUCCUCUCCUUCCCCGUCUAUGCUUCCUAUAAAUGUGUCUAGCCAUCUGCUCCCCAACUCCGCCGAUCUCGCCUACAACCAUCCCCACCUCCUUCAACAACAACAGCAGCUCCACCUCCAACAGCAUCUCCAACAGCAACAACAACAACAGCAUCUCCAACAGCAACAGCAACAACAACAACUCCAACAACAACAACAACUCCAGCAACAACAACAACUCCAGCAACAACAGCAGUUUCAGCAACAACAGCAGUUUCAGCAACAACAACAGCAGCAACUUCAACAACAACAGCAGCAACUUCAACAACAACAGCAGCAACUUCAACAACAACAUCUUCAACAGCAACAUACGCCUCGACACACCCAACAACAACAAACAUCGUCUCUUCAAAUUUCCCCUUCUCAGUCACAGCAGCAAUCCUUUCCCUCCAAUUCUUACCUUUCUUCACCCAAGGCAUCUUUUAUCAAACCCUUAGCCCCCCCUAAUAAAUCCAUGGUCCGCCUCAUGCAAUAUUACUCAGACACCAACAAACGGCCUGGCAUUCACCUCCCUCCUUCUGCCAACGGGCCUCCCAAUCCUGCCAAUCUCCUCACUUCUCCCCAAAGCAACACCCCCCUCGUCUCUAUGCUCCCUAAAUCCAACUACGACCAUACAUUCAUGAGCCCUUCUUUCUCUUCUCCCUCUGCUGAAUCCGCCAAAAAAAAACAAAAGCUCGCCGAAUCCUCUGCCCUUCCUUCCUCCUCUCCUACUCCCACUUCCACUCCUUCCUCUUCUAAUAACUAUUGGGCCAUGCACAGCCUCCCCCCUUCCAUGGAUUCCUCCACCCCCACCUCUGUUCUCGCAUCCGAAGAAGAACUCCGCACCCAAGACGAAUACAUGCGUUCCUUCAUAUGCGAUAUGGCCCCUACCUGGACCCCAGACCAAGUCUCCUUCCGCCUUCGCGACGAUGAGGAACGCCUUGUCGCCAGACUAGACCACGUCCGUCGGCGCAUGGAAAAAAUCUGCGACCAACACUCUAUCAUCAAAGGCAAAUACGUCGACGUCCUCGUCCGCUAUGCUCUACAAAACUACAUCGUCGACCUCCUGGAAGAACUCACCGACCUCAGUCGACGCCGCAUCGACCUCCACAAAGAUUCCCUCAACUUCGUCGUAUCUUCCAACGUCCGUAAGUACUUCAGCGACCUGGAACAUGAACAGGGACUUCAACAUUUUGAUAAAGGCGACUUAGAAGCAGGAAAACUCCGUGAAAUUUCCAGACUCGACGAAAGCGCCGCUCAAAAAGCCGCUUUGGAUGCCAUGGGUGGCGGCGUAAAAAUCAAGACGUCUUCUUCUCUUUCGGAUCCUACAUCUUCUCCUGCUGUACUCUCUGACCUCCACCCACUCCUCCGCAAUCUUGCCUCUACCAUUUCUCCUGCAGUUCUUACCAAAGAGAAAAAGCGUAUUAUUAACCGUCAGGAUGUAACGACUCUUGUCCUUCGAGACUCUCGACUCCAGCACGGCCCUAUCGGCUGGGCUAUCAUGACGGGGCUCAACCCAGAUUGGCACAAACAUUCAAAUUAAGAGGAUAUGUACGCUAGACUCAUCUAGUCUUAUUGCGUACGCGUCCCUCUUUCGUCUUAGCUUUUUUUUGACUCUUUCUCUAUCACUCUAUCUUCUUCCAAAUGACUUCAACAUCACCUAGGUUUAUCCUGUAAUAAUCUACGUCUCCAAUACGCUUGUAAUACAUAUACGCAUUUUCAUUUUGUAUAGUAUAUAUACGUACACUUUUUUCUCUCUUUAUCUCCGAGAACAGUAUGGCCUCAUCAAAUCGGCAUUUCAAGUCACAAGAUGACUACAAGAAGAAUAAGGAGUUGGAGGAGGGAAGGAAGGCUGGAACGGUCCCACCUCAAGUGGAUGAGGAGGGCCAUGACAUCAAUCCGCACAUUCCUGAGUAUGUGAAGCAAUCUCCAUGGUACUUAGAUCUAUCUUAUCCAAGUUUAAAGCAUCAGAAGACAGCGUUGUUCAACAGGUCGAGGAAGUUAGACGAUAUGAACGUGUGGUAUCCCAGGGGAGAAUUUUCUAGCACAGCGACAACGAAGUAUCGUCCAGGUGCAUGCACAAAUUGCGGUGCGAUGACACAUUCAGCGAAAUCGUGCACCGAUCGACCGAGGAAGAUCGGUGCACGUUGGAGUGGGAAAGCGUUUAUGCCAGAUGAAGUGGUCCAUCACUUCGAUAUGGACUAUGCAGCCAAACGAGACCGUUGGAACGGAUACGACCCAGAACAAUAUAAAGAAGUGAUCGAGUUUUAUGAUAAGAUCGAAAGUGCUCGUCGGGAGCAUAAGGCUGCUGAAGAGGCAAAAAAAUAUCAACAAUUAGCGUCCAAAUCAAAAUCAUCGGAUCCUGAAUCUAAAUCCGGCGAACCCGCUCCAGACGCGUCCAAUUCCACCGAGGAUGGGGCACCUUCUUUCGAUGGCGAUGCCCUUCAGGACGAAUUUAAAGCGGAUGACAUGCAAGAUAAUGUAGGUCAAUUUGCCAAAAUUGAUGCCAAGUCUCAUCGUUCUGUUCGCGACUUACGUAUUCGAGAAGACACUGCCAAAUACCUGCUCAAUCUUGAUGAAGAUUCACCAUUUUACGAUCCAAAAUCUCGCUCUAUGCGCGCGAAUCCCUAUCCCAAUGCCUCUCCUGAUGAGGCGCUAUUUAAAGGCGACAAUUGGAACCGAUUUACUGGCGAUACUCGCACUUUCUAUGACAUGCAGAAGUUCUCCUGGGAAGCUGGCGACAGAGGUGAAGAAGGCGUUCAUCUUCAAGCUACCCCUUCUCAAGCCGCUAUCCAUUUUGAGAUGCACAAGCGCGAAAAAGUCUCUCAGAAUCUUAAAAACAAAUCCGCUAUCCUUGAGGAAUAUGGAGGCGCCGAAUAUCUCAGCACUCCUGCCAGUGAGCUCCUCCUUUCUCAAUCUGAGGCCUAUGUUGAAUACACCCCCGAUGGCCUUCCUAAACAUCAAGACACCCGUGCUACCGUCAAAUCCAAGUACGAAGAAAACGUUUUUUACCAAAAUCACACUACUGUAUUCGGAUCUUGGUGGGAAAAUGGGGAGUGGGGAUACAAGUGCUGCAAGCAAACCCUCAAAAAUUCUUAUUGUACAGCCAGCAAGAAAAAAAGCGGUAAAGCUACCGAUCUCUCGACCCUUGUUCAUUAGAUGCACAAGUGCUUUUCCAAAUCGCAGAGAAGACUCAUUGUAUAUGACUUCAGAUCUACAUUGUCUUCUUUCAGCGGUUUGAAACUCUCACCAAGAAAAACAGGUCUCGCCUGGCUUCAACGAGAUUUCUGGAUUCUUUAUUACUACGUCUAAAUUUGUGGUGGCCGUGCAUUAUUGUCUCGUAUCACAUUUUUUUAUAAUGGUAGCUUUACAUAUAUAAUUAAGGGGGCAUAUAUUUUUGUAUGGCGUGCAUGUGCCCCGCGACGUCGACUUCUAUGAAAGUACGAAGGGCCUAUAAAAUUUUUUCGACAGAUAUUUUUUCUUCGACUCCGACAUCUUGAGUGGUUUACAUGAUAUAAAGUGCCUUCCCAAUUUUCCCGAACCAA